CUCAAAUGAGUCCACUUCAUCAUCGCCCACACAUAGACACCACACCAGAUCAACCUCGAUCCCGUCAACAGGACAGCCGGCAGAGCUUCCCUCCUAUGCCCUCGCCAGUAGUGGCGCCGGUGGGAAGCGCAGUAUGCCCGCCCAUCCAGCAGAGUCUCCUGCUAAAAAGCAAAGCAAGUGGUCGGCAGAGGAAGAUGCUCUGAUCAUCGAUCUGAGAGGAGGCGGGAUGAAGUGGGAAGACAUCUCCAAGAGACUCCCAGGCCGUAGUGCCAUUAGUUGCCGGCUCCAUUAUCAAAACUACCUGGAGAGGAGAAGUGAAUGGGAUGAGGAGCGGAAGAACAAGCUUGCAAGACUCUAUGAGAGAUUCAAGCCAGAAAUGUGGUCCAAGGUUGCGGAAGAAAUGGCGGUUCCGUGGCGCGCAGCAGAGGCUAUGCACUGGCAACUUGGUGAGGCCGACAUGGCGCGUCGAGCUGGUGUAGUUCCAUUCUCUCUGUCAAGUGUCACAGUGGAUGCACCGCCAGGAAGCCAUCGAUCUUCGCCGACUCGGGGACACUCGCACAGCCAGUCCCAGUCAAGCGCCAUGAGUGGUCACUCAUCAUCUGGCGCACACUUCAGCAGACCAGCAACUGCUCACAGCGGCUCAAGCAGCACCAAGGGUAGUGGAGGAGGCUCGGCGCGGACGAUUGCUGCUCGUAGAGACAGCACUCCAAGGUCUGUCCCACCGGCAAGUCCAAGCGACGGUCUGGCUUUGGCGGCUAUUGGUCAAGGGAUGGCGAUGGGUAUGGGAAGAGGAAGUCAACUUCUUCCCAGCGUAGCUGAGAUGACCACUGGAGUCAGUCCGUACAAUACGCCUGCGUAUGCCAUGUCGAUGCCGAUGGGAGGGGGCUACUCCAACCCUGGCCCUCUGCUACCAGCUAUCGGGAUGAUGGGUGGUGCUAGACCUGAGGGCAAACGGCGAGCAAGCCCCGACAUGGGACCAAGAGAGACGAGUCGUCGCAGACAGUGAAAAGAAGGGGCGAGGAAAGGGAAAGAACGGCGUUGCCAGGAUUGCUUUGGCGAGAAAUAGAUGGACGAUCGCGAGACCUUGUGCAUUUAGUAUUGGGUUUUCGAGCAUUGAGCAUUGCGCAGCAUGGCAUUGCAUGAGAGAUAUCCAUUGGUGACUUGCAUAUGAUUGGGGUUACGGUAGGAUGGGGCCAUUGGUAAACUUCUUAGAACUGUAUU